UGGGAUGGAGUGACCGCAAUUUGGCGAUAUGAUGAACGCAUGGAAAAGAAUGUGAAUCCAGAAAGUUGGGAUGAGCAGCCAGGCGAUGAGGAGACAUCGGAUGAGUUCUAUCAACCGGUACUCCAAAAACGGUACAAUGUGAAGCGAAGAAAUGCUCGACGAAAUCUGAAGGAUGCAAAAUUACCGAAAUAUUAA